AUGCAGGAAUUUAGUGAAGAAAUCGAUCAUUUGAAAAAGAGAAAACUAGUGUGUCCCCGCAGUAAACUCAAGAUGUUGAAUCCAUGCUUAGAUGAUGAGGGUAUUCUAAGAGUGGGAGGAAGACUAAGAAAUGCUAGCAUCGCACAGAAUGUAAAAUAUCCAGUCAUUCUGGCUAAAUCACACUAUAUUACAGAACUGAUAAUACGAUAUUAUCACUAUAAAUAUCUUCACGGAGGAGCACAAAUGCUCCAUUCAGAAAUCAAGCAGAGAUAUUGGAUUAUCAAUGCACAAGCAGCCAUUCACAAGAUCAUUCGUAAAUGUGUAACAUGCUGUCGACACAGAAGUGAGCUGUCAUAUCCAGCAAUGGGCGAUCUUCCAGCAUCCAGAGUGAAUCCCGCAAGAGCCUUUUCGAAAUGUGGUGUGGAUUUUUCGAGUCCUUUCCAAGUUAAACCGACGAAAGGGCGCGGUGUUCGGACAGUGAAGAUCGACGUUUGUGUUUUCGUAUGUUUUAGUACUAAGGCAGUGCAUUUAGAACAAGUUGGAGACAUGACGACAUAUUCCUUUAUAGCAGCUCUAAAACGGUUCAUUGCUAGACUUGGAAGACCGGAGGAAAUGUAUAGUGAUUGCGGCACUAAUUUUAUAGGUGCCAACAGACAACUAAAAUCAUAUCGUUCGAACCAAAAGGUAGUUAGAUACUUAAUAGAGGAAGAAAUUAAGUGGAAUUUCAAUCCGUCUUCUGCACCGCACUUUGGUGGACUAUGGGAAGCCGCGGUAAAGGCUAUGAAAUAUCACAUGAGAAGAGCAAUUGGUUCUCAAGUUCUAACUUUUGAAGAAUUUGCUACUUAUCUAGCAGAAGUCGAGGCGUGUCUGAACUCAAGACCAUUAGUAGCGAUUUCAAGUGAUCCAGAUGAUUUUUCCGUGAUUACACCGAGUCAUUUUUUAAUAGGAACAUCAUUAAAGGCUAUUCCGGAACCAAAUGUGUGCGACGAGACACUAACACUUCGCAAUCGUUGGAAACUAGUUCAGCAAAUGUCACAGUCCUUCUGGAGGAAAUGGUCUAAGGACUAUUUGACUCAACUGCAAGUUCGCACAAAAUGGCAUCGUGCUUCAGCAAAUAUUAAAUUAAACGACUUAGUAAUCAUUAAGGAAGAUAACACACCUUCCUUAAAAUGGAAGCUGGGACGUAUCACCGAAAUUUACCCAGGUAAUGAUUACAAAGUGCGUGUUGUAAAAGUAAAAACUGCUGAUGUUGAAUUCAAGAGACCCAUUCACAAACUGUGUGUGUUACCAAUAGACAGUUAA